AUGCAUAUUUUCUCGAUAAUAUUACUAUAUGUAUUGCUUAGUGAGGCCAAAGCAAUGGUAAUAUUAGAACCAGAAAUUAAUAUCUCCGAUGUGUCCAUAGGCCUCUCCCAAAUCAUAAAAAGUCUACAUCCCACCCAACUAGCUAUAUUGGUUAAACCCGCUCAAAAUUUCAACAUCUCCUCGGAAGAGCACCAACUAAUCCCAGAAGAAAAUCUUAGUUUUCAAUUACAUGUUGAUGAAUUUCUACAAAACUUGCAUGAUUUAAAUUUUAAAUCAGUGAUUUUCUAUGACACCGAACUAUUCUUUAAAUUCAUCGAGUCCAGUCUACAUGGUGCCAUAGAAAGUGUAAAUCUCAUAUUUUGUAAUCCCUACGAUUUAAUGCAGAAAAUACAUGAGCGUAAACUCGCUCAUCGUUUGAGUUUAUUUAUAUUCUAUUGGGGAGCUAAAUAUCCACCCAAGAGGACAGAGGUUAACUUUCGAGAACCCGUAAGAGCAGUGGUGAUUACCAGACCAAGAAAAAGGGCUUUUCGUAUUUAUUAUAAUCAAGCUUAUCCGGAUGGGGUGGGCCGUUUGACAUUGGUUAGCUGGUAUGAUGGUGAUAAUUUGGGUUUGAGUAAAGAACCGUUAUUGCCCUCAGCUAAAAGUGUUUACUCUAAUUUUCAGGGUAGAGUAUUCAAAGUGCCGGUUUUUCAUUCUCCUCCCUGGUUUUGGGUUAAUUAUGAUAAUGAUACCUAUAACAAUAAUUCUUUGGAUUUUACUAUAUCUGAGGAAAAUCCUUUAACAGAGGACACUAUAGAAUUUAAAGAAGUGAAUGUUACGGGCGGUAGGGAUCAUCGCCUUCUGCAGUUGCUGGCACAGCAUAUGAAUUUUGAAUUUAUCUAUAUAGAGGCUCAUGGCAGGACCCAGGGUUCACUGAGAAAUGAUAAUGAGGCUAAUGAUACCUUUACGGGAGGCAUAGGAAUGCUGCAAAUAGGGCUGGCAGAUUUCUUUUUGGGAGAUGUGGGUCUGAGUUGGGAACGUCGUAAAGCUAUAGAGUUUUCUUUUUUCACUUUGGCCGAUUCGGGGGCCUUUGCUACUCAUGCUCCACGCCGUUUAAAUGAGGCUUUAGCUAUACUAAGACCUUUUAAGGCAGAUGUCUGGCCUUAUUUGAUAUUGACGAUUAUAGUCUCGGGUCCCGUCUUUUAUUUUGUUAUCUCUACACCCUAUCGCUGGCAUCCCUCUACGGUUAAGAGAUUAUCAAAGAAAAUAUCCAAACAUGGAGCUUUUCAUAUGUGUUAUAUCAAGGAGAUCACUCGCAUAGAUACACAAUUUCAAAGAAGAUUGGCCAAAAUGGAACAACACUUUCGUUCGCCCCAAGAAAUGGAUGAGUUGCCGCCAAAUUUAUUCAAUCGUUGUAUUUGGUUUACAGUACAAUUGUUUUUGAAACAAUCCUGCCAAGAGCUUUAUCAUGGCUAUAGAGCCAAGUUUCUGAUGACCGUCUACUGGAUUGCUGCUACUUAUGUUCUGGCCGAUGUCUAUUCUGCCCAAUUGACUUCACAAUUUGCUCGUCCUGCCCGUGAGCGUCCGAUCAAUACUUUACAUCGUUUACAAAGUGUUAUGAUCCAUGAUGGUUAUCUGUUGUAUGUGGAAAAGGAAAGUUCUUCUUUGGAAAUGUUGGAGAAUGGCACUGAAAUAUUUCGCCAGCUGUACGCUUUAAUGAAAUUACAAAGUCCUGAUGAGGAGGGUUACUUAAUCGAUUCUGUGGAAGCGGGUAUACAAUUGAUAGCAGAUGGUUUGGAGAAUAAGGCGGUCUUGGGUGGUAGAGAGACUUUAUUCUUUAAUAUACAACAGUAUGGUUCAAAAUCCUUUCAAUUAAGCCACAAACUCUACACUCGCUACUCAGCUGUGGCCGUACAAAUUGGUUGCCCUUUUCUUGACAGUUUAAAUGAUGUACUCAUUCAUCUCUUUGAAGGUGGCAUUUUAGAUAAAAUGACCACAGCUGAGUAUGAAACACAAUCCCGUAUGAUUGGCAAGGAUUUGAAUAAGAAAAAGAAAAUCCUUAACGAUGAACCCCCAGAGUUGACAACAAAGAGCGAAGAACCUAAUAUAUCAACAAAUGAGGCAAGUGGUAAGAGUGCCGAUAAUGCGGAGAUGAAAAAACCACAGGAUACCCAAAUCAUACAACCCCUUAAUCUGCGCAUGCUGCAGGGUGCUUUUAUAGUGUUGAUCGUAGGUUAUACAGCGGCAGGUUUAAUACUUUUACUGGAAUUAUUUUGUCAUGGUAUGAAUUUGAAUAUAAUCAGAGUGUGUAAAACUAAUUUGCAUAAAAAAUUGAAAUUUCUAAAAAGAAAAUUAAGAAAAACUCUUAGAUGGCUGGCAAUGCGCUUUAAGUAA